UCCAAAAUUCACUUAACCACCAACCACCCAUUGCAGACCCAUCGGAGACUGCAGUGAUCUGCAGAAACAGCAACAGGUAGUAGUUUAAAUUCCUCAAAAGUUUCCUUUUUUUUUUUUCUUUUCUGCAAUAAUUACUUAAUCCAUGGACGACGUAUUCGGAGAGUCUCUGAACUUGGAAGAGAUCCACAUCAAGCAAGGCUUCGACGAAGGCCACAAAGACGGCCUGAUCGCCGGAAAAGAGGAGGCCAGGCAAGUGGGCCUCAAGGUGGGCUUCGAGGUCGGCGAGGAGCUCGGGUUCUACAAGGGCUGCGUGGACGUAUGGAACUCUGCGAUCCGGGUCGACCCGACCCGGUUCUCGACCCGGGUCCAGAAGGGCGUGAAGCAGAUGGAGGAGUUGGUGGAGAGGUACCCGGUAAUGGAACCCGAGAAUGAGAGCGUGCAGGAGAUAAUGGAGGAUUUGAGGUUGAAGUUUAAGGCGGUUUGUGCUUCUUUGGGUGUGAAAUUGGAGUACAAAGGGUACCCGAGAGCUUCUUCUUCUGGGGCUAAAGACGUUGCGUUUUGAGUUGAAUAUAUGUUGUUGUUGUAAAAGCUUAG